CCGGGAGGCGGCCGCCGUCCCCCCGCCCGCCGGCCGGGGCUGCCCUGCGCGUCCGCGGAAGUGUAGACACUGUGUGGACUUAGACUGGCACGUUUGCAGGGCAAUGGAAACACGCUUACUAGAGAAGAGUUCUAGUUGAAGAUUCUGAUGCUGAAAACAACUGGCUUUCAGAUAGCUGCUGCUGUGACAGAGCAACCAUGAAUUGGAAUGCAAAACCAGAGAGUGCGCCGUUACCACCACCGUAUUCUAAAAGCCAGCCUUUUCUGCAGCAGCCCCUGAUGAGCCAGCUUCUGAACAGCUCCCAGGGUUCUGUCGGCUACCCUGGAAAUCAGGAAGCAUGCAUGUAUCCUGGUAACUCCAGCUCUGUGUCACAACCGCUGCUGAGUAUCCAGAAUUACAAGGCACCUCGUCAGGUUCCUAUUCCUGAUGUGUAUAACAGGACAGUGGUGACCUCACAGACUUUGGUAGAAAGAAUGACAUUUGCAAAUGUCAAAGGACUCAACCAGCCAAGUCAUAAUUUGCCAGUGUCUUCAGGAGUUACGCAGAAUGUGUGGGUGACCUCACCCGUGAGGGUUUCUGUGCCCUCCCAUUCCGGGGCCAGUGCAUCUCAUCACUCUGGCCUUGGAGCUGGUGCGUCCAGCGUGCACGGACUGCAGAGCCAGCAUGUGACAACGGACACCUAUUCCAUGCACCUGCAAGGGGUCCCUUCAAAUUCUGGAAGAGGUCCUGCUGGCUUUCAAGGAAAUCAGGGACUUAGCCAGUGUUUGUCAGAGCAGCAGGUUGAUUGGUCACAGCAGUAUGGAUCUAAUAACUCAACUUACCCAAGUUAUAGGCCACUUCCCAGGCACCACAGUUACUCACCGCACAACUUCUUGCAAGAUCCUCCUGUUCAGAAACAAAACCUCGAGCCACUAGUCUCGUUACAGAUUGUGCCAUCUCCGACGUUGCAAGUUAAAAAUCUCCCAAAUCCUUCUCUGACUUCACAGCCAAAGCAGACGGCAGCUACACCAUCCUAUCACUGUGCUGCUCAGACCGAAAGAAGACUCCCCCCUCUUCUUCCCCGGCCCCCUCCCCCUCCCCCUCCCCCUCCCCCUCCCGCUCAGCCUCCCCUUCCUCCUGCUUACCUCUGCAGGUACACGAGUCAGCCUUCGCCAAGCACUCAGCCUGUGAACAGACUCUUGUCUGUGGAAGUGCCCCAGAGUCAGGAGACGUACCCACCCGGCAUGCAGAAAGAUGCUUGUAGAGGCUUCCAACCGCAGUGGCAAAACACCAGUGAGAACGUCACCCCAGGUGGCAAAUUCUGUGGCUUGAAACUGAAUACCAACGUUAAACAACCUUUCAAUGAGCCAGUUAGACCUUCUGUGCCUAGUGUUCAGGCCGUUGCUGAGAACAAUGAAGAGAAAAGAACUGAUUCUUGCAGUUCAACGUCAGAUCCAGUACUGGACACAUAUAUCACAAAAGAAAAGCUAGUGAGAGACAUUAAAACUUUGGUAGAAAUCAAAAGGAAAUUUUCAGAACUUGCAAGGAAAAUUAAAAUUAAUAAAGAUCUUUUGAUGGCAGCAGGUUGUAGUAAGAUAACUAACACUAGUUACAGUGAACCAGGUAAAAAAUCCGAAUUGCAUCUGAAAGAAACGGCCAAGAUCCAGCCCAGUCCGCAGCCUACCCUGGUAGCUCCGGAGGGCUCAGGGGGUCACCUGGCAGCCGUGGGACCUGCCGAGGACACAAGGAGAACACACUGCAGGGUGAAUCCCGCCAUUCAGGAGAUCAACUGCAAGGAGUUGGAUCAAGUCAGCUCUGUCUGUGUACGGGAGUUGGCAGUGCCAGACCAGGUUCACGAUCUGAAAGUUCUGAAGACACAAGGUGCAGCACCGAGUAGCACCCAGCCUCCAUCAGAAAACUUUGCUGCUGUCGAACAGGAUACCCCAGCCGUUUCUGAAACCAUUUCUGUCCCCCAGACUGUGCCUAACAGGGCAUAUGUACAUCAAAAUAAGCUACUUCUCGAUUUACUCACACAGAAUGAGGAAACUCAGAGUAAAUUAUUAAAAAUUGCCCCACACAUGAUUCAGGAUUCUAAAGCAAACAGUUCUGAAGUGAACCCAAAUACCCAAGUCACAGAUAACCAAUUGACUUUAAAAACAGGAGCAGUGCCAGGUAUUUCUAACGUAAAUGCUGAGGCUUUGGGAAAUUCUCUCUGCCCUGAACGACAGUCUUCCUCAGAAGGAAUACUUGGGCCGAGUCAGUGUUCUGUGGAAUUGUUGGCAACUUGUCUCUCUCUCUGGAAAAAGCAACCGCCAGAAGCUGUGGAGGAUGAACAGUCAGGAACAAGCAGAAAAGCGGUUGGAAUUUCAAAGCCUGUGGAAGUCUGUGUCAGGGGUUCCGUUGCAGGAAAUUCUCAGAACAGAGUAAACGCACAAGAAUCCGUUGUGUCAGCACUACUGCAGAACCAUGAGUCUACCAGCAGUAAUGUGACAAAGGGAACAGAACUGCAAGUUGCUGUAGUGACACCCUUAAUUCUUUCGGAUGUGAAGACCUUGUCUCAAGUCAAAGAAGUGACCCCUGACACCUCACCUGACGUGGUGUAUCCAGUCAUCAAAGAAGGCAGCGUUUGCAGCUUGCAAAGUCGCAUGGCCGAAAACCCCAGACUGCCGGCUGCUUUGAAGGUUGAUGCUGUUGGACCAGUGGCAAGUACUGCAACAUCAACCAAGAUCUUCCCACUGAUGGAGAAGGAAAAGCACAACGAGGCAGCCCCUGGCAGUGUAGAAGGCACACCAGCUACCGAUAAAGGAGGGGCCAAACCAGAACUAGGCAUCCGCUGUCCUCCCACUGCCCAGGAGACCUCGUUUGAAUGGAGCGAAAGUAGUGCUGUGAGUGACAUGUUGCAGAUUGACAGCAUCUGUUCCCUUGUGGAAGGUGAUACCUCUUACAAUUCCCAAAUAGCAAAGAUAUUCAACUGCUCCCCGUUGAGGAAAGUUGAGCCACAGGAACUUUGUGUACCCAGUCAGGAAGUGACCAGUAGUAACCAACAGAAAGAACAGCUAGAUCAUACUGCUGAAGAUGAUGGCUUUGAUUUUCAAAAAGAUAAGCUUGUACAGGGUGCAGAUGUGUCCCCCAAAGAAGUCCGUCCACCAGAGCCCCUGCGACGUCCAGAACUGUCGUCUUCUGAGCUCCUGGAACCAUGUGGAGGAGUUGCAAAGACCAGCAGUUUGGAGCAUGCCAGUCAGACAGAAAGCACAGCGAGCGAAAGGUGGUGUCCAGCUGCUGCCACACCGCAAGAUGCUUGUCCUCGGGAAACUGAUGCAGUUGGCAGAUUUUCUGCCCAAGAUCCCCCAAGCCAUGAGCUGGAUGAUGAUAAAACACCCGUCUGGUACCUACAGGACCAGCUGUCAGAACUUUUAAGACAGUUUCCCUACGGCAUUGAGGCUCUGGGCACACGUGAAUGCUGUGUGCACAAACAGAUGACGCCUGGGAUCUCAGACUGCACUUGUGAGAAGACCACUGAGGAUGGGGACUCCAAGGACUCAGCAGACCGAAUACAAAUCACAGUGUUGAGCUCAGAGCAGAUGAAAGAAUUAUUUCCCGAACAGGAUGAGGAGCCACCUGAUGAUGUUGGCAGAGUGACAGAAACUGAGCAAGAGGAGCCUGUCACAGAAACAGGGAACCCAAGUGACCUGGAAACACCUGCCAAAGGACAAAGGAGCGAUUCUGUGACCCUGGACUCAGAAAAAGACAGCGUCUACUGCUGUGCCUGGGGCUGGCUCUCCAUGGUCUAUGAGGGAGUGCCCCAGUGUCGUUGUGAUUCCAUUAAGAACUCAGUUCCGGUGGAAGAGAAAGGCAGGGAUGGGGGUCCUCCUCUAGAGACCACCAGCUGUAAACAGAGUGAAGGAGCCUCUGCUACGGAUGCCCCUGUUACUAUAUUGGACGAUCUUCCCAGUGAUCCAAACGUGACACUGACUCCUGGAGAAGAGAAAGGCAAUCUUCCUGAAACACAAGGAAACAAUACAAAAGAUCCGGACAGAAUGAAGCAGGGUACCCCAGUGUGGACAGCAAAGGAAGACAUUGAUGAGUUUUCUCCUAAAUGUGAUAGGGACGAUACAAAAGAUAGGUCUCAGUCAAACCAGAAUGACUCCACCAAAGGUAGAUCUCAGUCAAAACAGAAAAACUCACCAAGGACGGAGCAAGAACCCAGUGGUCAGUUUUCACCUGGAUGUGAGAACAGCAGUACAAAGGGCGUAUCCCAGUCAAAACAGGGUAGCUCACUGAGAGCAGAGGGAGAAUCAUCUGGUCAGGGUUCCUCCAAGUGUGGCAGCAACAACCUGAAAGACAGAUCCCAAACGAAAGAGAAGGGUUCGCUAAAGACAGAGCUUUCAGCUAGAUGCGAUAGCAACAACACAAAAGGUGCACCCCAUUCCAAACAGAGCAGUACCUCGCUAAGGACAGAGCAGGACCUCGCUGGGCACGGUUCAUUCAAAUGUGACAAAAAGCCAGAUCCUUUGCAAAGUCACAAAAAGAAAAGGAAACUGAAGUUCCACGAGGUAACAUUUCACUCCACUAACAAGAUGACGGCAUUCUGCGAAAAAGCUUUUCAAGGGAACCUGCGCAAGAAAACACAGACCCCUGGGUCAAUCAAAGCAGCGACAGGUUUUGUGACACACAAAGAUCAGUGUAGCAGGGGUGGUUCUUGGAUGCAGUCUGUGUCACCAGAGAAGACAAAAUUGAAAUUCAAAGCAGGGGGCUCCAGACUCAAAUAUUUGGAGAAAAGGAAGUUGGACGUAGGGCACGUACUGGAUAAUGAGGUAAAGAAGAAGAAAUGUGACGGGCAGGAGCAGAACAGACAUGUGGGAAGUGCACCCUCAUCGUGUGACACUACAUCCAACACACAUGAGAGAACCAGUGUGAAAGACAAGACGGCAGCGCCCACUGCUACGUCCUCAGACUUGAAGCAUGGUUCGUCCAAAUUUAAGAGAGUGAUAACGGCCAAGGAGUAUUUACAAAGGCAGAAGCUUAAAGAAGCAGUGGGUAGUAAGGCGCCUAAGGAAAUAGGUGAGAAAGGUGUGCCAAGUGAGUCUGGACACACGACACCCAACAGGCCUCAGCCGCUCGCGGGGAGCUGCGGGAAGUCAAGCGAGAGACACAGUAGUGGGGGGUUGGCCUUCAAAGAAUCGUCAAAUACUUCCGCAAGCCGUAGCAAAAACCUCAAAAACCCACAUCCUGAGGAGUCUAAGACACACAGCAUCUCAAAGAGCAGUAAAGGAAAAGCUGAUGGGAAGCAGCCGGACAAAACGUGCGUGGACAAAACCAAACCGGACAAAGAACUGACCCAUGUAAACAGUGAUGCGAAAUUCGGCCCUGUGCCUCCCCAGGCAAAGGAUCAAAGGAAAUCGUAUCUGAACAGAGUCGCCUUUAAAUGCACUGAACGGGAAAGCAUUUGUCUUUCCAAGUUGGAGAACUCACCCAGGAGGCUGAGUGAUAAGGAGCAAAGACAGGAUGAUAAACCUGCAGUGAAGGAGGCCACAGAAAAGCUGAGCAUGCUGGAGUUCAAGUUAUGUCCAGAUGUGCUGCUGAAGAACACGAAGCCCGGGGAAGAGCGCAAGGAUCGGAAGCCUCGCGUGAAGGAGCAAGCCCCUGUGCAAGUUUCAGGAAUAAAAAGCACAAAAGAAGACUGGUUAAAAUGUGUAACUACGAAGAAAAGAAUGCAGGAAGCCAGCCAAGAAAUAGAUGUUAAUCCAAGACUCUGCAAAAGAAGCAUCAGUGCGCUUGGCUUUGAGACUCUACAAAACCCUGCGAAAGAUUCGAAAGCGAUGUUUCAGACCUACAAACAGAUGUACCUAGAGAAGAGGAGCAGGAGCCUGGGUAGCAGCCCUGUGACGUGAACACCGUGAGUGCCGCUGGGAAAGCGGUGGCUUCUGUUCAGAGUGUCUUGCUGGAAAUACUCGGUCUCCACAGGAAAGAUUACUUGGUCAGAAUUUGUUUACCACCUAGGUUCUGUGCUUCGUUGAAUUAGCUUAAUGAAAAUGGCUUAUGACCUUUGGGUAAGCAAGCGUACGUGGAUGGUGUCAGUCAGGGAAGCCAUAAGGUAUUUGAACUUCUACCUGAAUCAAGUUUACCAUUAUUUCAAAAGGCUUGCGUGUGCAAAUCUUACUUGGAAAUGCUGACGUUAGGUCCAUCUUGAGGGAGGACUGUCACUUACACUUUGGUUUAUUAAACUGUAGUUGUACAUACAUUUUUUUUUCUAAGCUCCAUUAACAAAACUUAUUUUUCAAAAGCUCACUGUGAAUGUCAAAAUAUAUUCUUAAGUAUUUUAUAUCUAAUUGUAAACUUUUUUCCAGAAGUCUUGUUUUCUACUUGUUAAAACUGAACGCAAUUUUUGGAUAAUGUUUU